CAGGAUCUCUCUCUCGGUUCUAUUGCACUGUUUCUCGUCAAUCAGGUCGCUUCUAAUUCCGACUAUUUCGAAAAAAAAAAAAAAAAUUGCUGUUUUAAACAUUAUCCGUUCAAGUGACACGUUUCAUAUUGUUCAUUCUCUCGUUCGGCUAUACCUGUUAUUUUGAAAACAUUCAUCAUCAUGACGACCAUUUACUUGACAACCGGCUCGGAAUUAUCCAUGUGUGGAAUGAACGGCGCUGCCGUCGGGACUAAUGGCGAACGACCCAAAUUGCAAUCAUGUGUCAGCAUCGUCGUUGACGACGUCGACGGAGACUGCGACAAUAACGGCGGCAGUCAUUAUUACUCUGACUCGCAUCAUCACCAUCAGUUCUACAUCCAGCAUCAAACGUCAUCGGACGGCCAGGAGAAUAACGAGGUGUUUGACGAUAACGCCGACGCCCGUUCAGACAUCAGCCAGUGCUCUCGAGGUAGCCGCGGGUCGACGUCGCGGGAGGAAAGCGAAAGCAGACUUCAACAGAUCAAGGAUGAGGUUCGCCAUCGACGCGACGAAUUCGCCCGGCUCCUCGACGAGCACGAACAGGUCGUCCGCGAACUGAGACGCAUCGAGAGCUCCGGUGAACUCCAGUCGCUCGUCGAGACGCCAUCCGGUGGACGAACUGAAGAAGCUCCUUCUCUAGGACUUAAACAGGAGGAAUGAAGACGAAUAACAUUUUAAUCAAGCGCAACUCAGCGGCCGAUGAAAUGUUUUUUUUAAGAGGGGAAAAACAAAACGAGCAAUUUCGUGGAAAAGAAAAUUCAAUGGAAGCCAUUGAUUGUGGAUUAUAAAAAGAAACAGAAAAAAAAGAUACCUUUUUGCAUUUGAAAAACUAAACGAACGAAAGGAUUUUGUUGGUGAACGAAAUUUCCAGAGUAGGGCAUAGUGUGACGAAUCAGUUUGCCAGCACGCCGUCGCUCCUCAUUCAUUUUGAUUCAACCAAUUUUCUUUUUGAAAUUUAUUUGCCAAUCUUCAGUUGUCCAUUCAUUUCUAUUUUUUUUUUUUUUUUUUUUUUUCCCCACCCAAUGAACGGCUGGCUUAUAUGUACGAUAUACAUAAAAUAUUUUGUUGUUGUGUUUGUACUCCGGGACCGGACAUCAUGUAGUCAUCGCUUGACUGGAAAUAACUGGUGGCGUUUUCGUUUAAGAGACGCUAUCAUUUUUCUUUUUUUUUUUUUUUUUAGCCACCAGCAUAUUAUUUUCUAGUCGAGUAAAAGAAAAAGGGUGACCUCUAAUGUUCUUUGAAAAGAUUAUUAUUUACAAAACACAUUUAAACCUCCCCUCCACCCUUAAAAAAAAAAAGACUGUAUGGUGCUGAGAGUUAUCUAUAAGAAAAUCCGACAUGUAUGCGCGAAUGAAUGGUUUAAUUGAUUUACAUUAGCCGGUAGUAUUACAUCAAUGCGUGUUAUACAUAUAUACAUGCCAUCAAAAAUAUAUAUAAUGUGUGCCUUGCUGUGUAUAUGUUGGUUUUGAUGAGUCGAAAAAAGAAGAAGAAAUGAACCGCAGACCACCUACGAUGUUAUAUCGAUAAUGAUCUGUACCAACGCGCCGUUCAUACGUGCAGAGUAGAGUGUUAAGACUGUGUUACCACCUUACCAACUGAUAUCAGCGAACCUCUCGAUUUCUCCCUCCUCUGCUAAUAUACAUAACGCACGAUCCCUUUAGGUAACAAACACUAGUAUCGUAGGUCUAUCGAUUACAAGGCUUUCUUUGGCCGUGUCUAACAGCCAAUCUUGUAACGAAUUAAGCAGAAGCAGCAGCAGCAAUACAAAGUAGAUGUCGGCAUCUGUAUGCUCCACUUUCAGCCACAUACGUUAUUAUGAAAAAAAAACAAUAUCGGGAUUGGCUGUGAGUAUUGUUGACUUGCCGCAUAUCGUAGAUGACAUCACCAGUGAAAAAAAAAAUAAAUAAUAACAAAACAGUUGGUUAUUAUAUACACAAACUUGAAACAAAUGUAAACUGGGAUCUUGAUUUAUUAUACAUAUACAAAAUAUCAUAAUGUGUGUUAUUAUUGGUCGUGAUUGCAUAAAUGCCCGUGUGUGUAUCCUUUAUUCAUCCCUACUUUCCCUUAAGAUUAUAAGAAUCUUCUCGACGUUUUUUUAUAAUAGAACCUUAUUAUUUUUUAAUCUUUCUAUUAUUAAUAGACGUAUUUCACCGAAUCUUUCCCGUUCCUAUUUUUUCUCUUUAUUGUUCUGUGUUUUCUCCCACACGAACGAUUGGUUACCCUUCGCAACCGUGGCUCUCAGCAUCAUACAUGUAUAACUUUCGGCUCGUUAUUACCCAUUUUCUUAUUUCUCGUCAUAUGUGUUUGUUUUGUAUUUGUUGUUUUCAAACCACAACAAGCGGAAGACAUCGAUUAUUUGGUUUCGUUGCUGCCAUAAGCAUUUGAUGUGCGCGCUAAAUGAUUUUCUUUUUCAUUUAUUU